GCGUACGCAGUACAAAGAAUGGUCUUCACACAAUGUUUGACUUUCCAACUAUAAAUCGAUAAGAUAAAGGAGAUAUUGAGUGCACUUGAAGACAUACAUGAUGAUGGAUUGUAUUAUUGCUGGCAAAAUAGCGCAGCGAUUCGUUGGACAAUUGAUGUUGCUGUCAACCAAACGAUGUGAUUACUUAAAAAGCCAAACACUUCGUUUUACCACCACUUUCGGUCGAUGUGAUGAAGAAAGAGACAACAACAACAAACUCACUGCGCACGAAGGUCACAACAAUACAACACAGCACCAAUUUUAUCAGGCAUCUUGUGAGAGACUUGUUUUUUCGAAAGCAACAACAACAAGAGUAACAUCAACACAUAGACCUGUUUACUCGCAUACCAUUCAGUGGGAAAAUCAUUCAGUAAAUCAACAGCUAGCACUUACACGUCACAAUCGUUUCUAUUGCACAGUAAAAACUAUUCGCAAGAAAAUGGGAAAAUUAACGGAUGCCGAACGUAAAGAAUUAUUGGAGCCAUUACUUGCUAAAGGAUGGACUUUGGUGAAUGGUCGUGAUGCUAUUUAUAAGGAAUUUUUGUUCAAAGAUUUCAACCAGGCCUUCGGCUUCAUGAGCCGUGUUGCUCUGUAUUCGGAUAAGGUUGAUCAUCAUCCUGAAUGGUUUAAUGUGUACAAUAAGGUGCAAAUUACAUACUCAUCGCAUGAUGUGAGCGGACUGAGCAAACGAGACAUCAACGCAGCCAAUUUUGUUGAAAGCGUUCUUUAAAUCAACACGGACAAUAAACAGCAAAAAUAAUCUCGAAUAAUUCUCGAAUUUUUAUGAUAAUAAUAUUUUCUGUAAAAUUUUAUUGAAUAUGUUUGGAAAUGGUUAAAAAAAAAGUAAAUGUUAUACGUCAAAA